AUGAAUUUGACUGAGGAAAAGCUUGGUAGGCUAGUUGAAAAGCCUGAUUGUGUCUACACGACUUGUUAUUGUGAAGAAAAUAUAUGGAAAUUAUGUGAUAAAACACGUCAGAUGCAUCCAGGGAUACUACCCAAAUGUUAUUGUGUAUUUAUUUCGAACCUUAAGAGAAUGAUCCCAUUGUGGUGUCAAAAGAGUUCAAAGAGAUCUGAUAAAAGAGUUAUUUGGGACUACCAUGUAAUAUUCAUAUAUAAAGGUGACCCUGAACCUGUGAUAUACGACCUUGACACCACUUUACCGUUCCCUUGUUCUAUCUCGGAAUACAUAGAUUCUGCCAUUACAAACGAAGAUCGUUUCAAUAAUGAUUUUAAAAGAUUAUUCAGAGUGAUAAAGGCUAGAGAAUAUCUUGAAACAUUCGCCUCCGACCGAUCUCACAUGAUAGACGAAGAAACUGGAGACUAUCAGUCACCUCCUCCAAAAUAUCCCUGUAUCCAAACUUCAGAAUGCAGUAAUAAUAUACAAGAAUUUAUUAAUAUGGAGAAAGGAAAUGGAGUUGGUGUUGUGAUGACUUUACCAGAAUUCUGUGAUAGAUUCUCGAAAUCCUGA